GAUGUUCAUGGAAACUGGGUGGACUGCCGGAGUGUAGAUCUACGUAGUCGCUCCAUCCAAAAACAAUCACCAGGGCUAGGGAGUCGUAUUCACCCUGCAGAACAAGCCAUUUCCGAAGCAUUUAUUUUGUCGCCUAUUGGCGUUGCUUAGAAUUCAGUGGGUUCCAAUGAAAAAAACACAUUGCCAGUUCUGACCAGUUGAGUUUGUGGAUAAUAAUUUCACGGUAGUUUUGCAGUUUUUGUUAGCUCGCGGUCUGUGGCUACGAUACACUGGCGAAAUGAGGCAUAGGAAAGGGGAGCAGAACGAACCGGUUCCAGCCAAGUCUGAAAAGUCGGAACAGGACAAAGCCACGUCGACUGACGAUUCCUCGGGCGCUUCAGUGAACAGCCCUUCAGACCAACCACAGGAGCCGAGGCAAACACAAACAACGAACAGUUCUGGGUGGCCGUCGCUAUGGCAAUCGCUAUACUGCAUCGUUGGACUUCUAGUGGCGCUAAUGAUGGGCUGUGCACAUGCGUAUUUCAUGUCACAGCUGCACGAGAAUCAAAUGUACUUCACCAGGAUCGAGACCGUGGAGAGGGAGAUUUCGUUUCGUACAGAAACUGGCCUAUUCUACUCAUACUUCAAGCAGCUGGUUGAAGCUAAAUCCUUGGACAAAGGCAUUCAUCAGCUGAUGUACGACAACAUGACGGAACAUGGCCACACCAUCAACGUCAUGGAGAGGAUGAACAUUCACCAGGAAGUCCUGCUCGGCAUUCUCUUCAGGACAUUCCGUGUGCCUCUCCUGAUCAACACGGAGCCCGUCUACUUUUACUUGAAUGCAGUCUGGUCACUGCAGGCUAUGUAUGUAGUGGCCAUCUUCUGCACGGUCUGGGUCCUGACUGGUGGCUGGGCUGGUGGUGUGCUCUCCGUACUGCUGUUCACCAUCAACAGGCAGGAUACGACUCGAGUGUGGUUCUCUAUGCCACUGCGGGAGAGCUUCUCUAUUCCAUUCAUCUUUGCCCAACUGCUGUUUGUCACAAUCUACUUCAAGCGUAGAUCUUCAAUUCCGCAUGAGAUACUUCUGGCAGCCAUCACCAUUUGUACAUUCUGCCUGUCUGUGACAUGGCAGUUUGCGCAGUUUGUACUGCUGCUGCAAGCAUUUGCCCUCUACUCUUCACAAGCACUGCAGCUGGUUCCCACACAUAAGGUUCGUAACGUCAUGAUGGUGCAGCUGCUGUGCUUGGCGGCGGUGUGCUUGUUGCAAUUUGGCAACACGCUGAUACCGCGCUCGCUCGUGAUCAGCUUCAUUCUAGGAUCGCUCAUUGUCUUCACCAUUCAGGGUGAGGAUGGUUUACGCAGCCGAUCAUUUAUUGGCAACUUUGGGAAGCUGGUUGGCUACACACUGCUGACGUUCGCUGUAGCCGCAGUUGCCAAUGUCACGAUAAAGGCACUGAUAGCUGAAGAGGCUGAUCGUCACAUUUACAAUUUUGUCCGGGCCAAGCUUGGUCUGAGUUCACCUUGGGCUGACAGGGAUUUCGACGUACUGCUGUACAUCUGCGAUCCGUCGUUCAAGGGCUUGCCGCAUGAGGUCUGGCAGGACCUACUGCGGAACUUCUUGCUCGUACCGUACGCAGGCAGUGCAGCGGUGCUACUCAUUCUGCUCACUAUCUCCGUCCUCGCCAACUGGUGGGCCCAGAGCCAUCCCAGUAAGGUAAAGUGUGAUGAUGCACGUGACGACGAUGCAAGCGCUGAUGACACCGGCAGUGGCAGUGGCUGGCUGCUGGGAAGACCGGACAUUGCCUAUCAUCUGCUCUACACUUGCUUCUUUGGGUUUGUGGCGUUCACGACGCUGCGCUUCAAGUACCUGUGGACGCCGCACAUGUGCAUACUGGCAGCCGUGGGUGUCAGCGACGCACAGCUCUACCAGUGGCUGUUGAGUCGCGUUGGUGUGAAGAGCGAGAAAGCGGCCCGUGUGUUACAGCAUCUCGUGGUACUGGCAAUGGCUGGCUUUCUCGUGUACACAUACUUGCCCAUAAUAAGUGAGGAGCUGGGAUAUCUUGGCGAGUUCUACGAUCCGGACACAGUGGCCCUGAUGAAAUGGAUCACGAAAUCAACGCGGACAACGGCUGCCUUUGCUGGCAGUAUGCAGCUGAUGGCUGGGGUCAAGCUGUGUACAGGUCAUCCCAUCGCCAACCAUCCACACUACGAAGACAGGCGACUCCGAGAGCGCACAUGGGAGAUCUACCAAAUCUAUGGCAAGCAGCCAGCGGAACUGGUGCAUCGCAACCUGCGUAAAUACGGCAUCGACUACAUCAUCCUGGAGAAGAGCAUCUGCUAUGCGCACAACGACGAACGCUGGCCUGGCUGCCGACUGCCCGACAUCAUGGACCGCUGCAACGGGCAUACACUGGACUUUCCAGACGGGCAGCACAACGAAACGCUGGUGCCAUCUGAGCAUGGGCGUUUCUGUGACGAGGUUCAAGCCGAUGACAGCUAUAAGAAGUACUUCCGCUCGAGUUUCAGCAACAAGACAUUCCGUGUGUUUAAAGUUCUCAACCUCAGCAGCGAUAAGUGAAACAUGAGAGGUGUAUUCAUAGCGAAAUGUCCAGCUGUUUCAAGCUGGGCCCAUUUCUUUCUAUCUUUCUCUUUUCAUACAACUACGCAAGACAAUGCUAUCAUACGGCUGGUAUAUAUUUCAUGCUCAGUUUACUUGUACAGAUGAUAUAAAUAUUUCAAAAGUAUUGAUUUCCGAUCAUCAGCCCGAAACGGAUAGUAUAUUUUUUCAUGAAUGGUUGCACAUGGAAGAUUUCCCAUGAUUAUAAUGCUGAAUGACAA